UUAUUAAUAUAUUGCACCUCUUCGCGUCUUCCCUCCUUUCGCGGCCAGCGACUCCCGAGCUGUCCCUUCGUCGUCUCCUCCUCCUCCUCCUCCGACGCCGAUCGAGAGCUAGGGUUUGGGUUGAUUCCUUCUCCUAGCGAUGUCGCGUAAUUCUUCUGAUUUCGACCUUUCCGACGAGAUACUCUCGGUGAUCCCCACCGACCCUUACGACCAGCUCGACAUCGCGAGGCGGAUCACCUCUCUGGCGAUCUCGUCCCGGGUUUCCCGGCUCGAAGGGGAGGCCGGGCGCCUGAGGCAGAAUAUCUCCGACCGCGAUCGCGUCAUCCACGAGCUCCACGAAAAGAUUGCCCACCUCGACCGCAUGGCCCAGGAAUCCGAUGCCCGUCUCAGGGAGACGCUCAAGGAGAAUGCUAGGCUUUUGAAGGAACGGGAUAUUAUGGCUGCGACAUCCACGAAACUCGCCAAAGACUUGUCCAAGCUGGAGAGUUUCAAGAGGCAGCUGCUGAAGUCAAUGAGUCAUAACAACUUAUCUCAACUAUCAGAAACAGUUCAUACUGGAAUGUAUCAGCAACCAAUUGCCAGAGUCACUUCAUGGAUCGACGACGCUUCAUUUAACCACUUUGAAUUGGAUGAAGCAAGUGGAUCAGCUGAAAAUGAGGAUUCAACUCAGGAUGAACCAAUGCAUGUGCCUCAAUUCUCAACCAGGCAACAAACUACUCCAAGGCGGUCACCUAACGGCACGCCAAGUUUCUCACCAGCUAAUGGUUCUCCUAAAGGACUGUUACGUGGAGGAUCAUCACCUAGAGUUUCGUCACGCACACCAUCGCCAAUAAAGUCUCAAGUUGAACAGCGCACAUCGCCACCUCCAAUUCAGCGAUCCUCUCCCCCAAGUUCUCCUCCUAAUAGGCAAACUUUGCCAGAACGUGCUCCUCGUAUAGAAGGGAAAGAGCUCUUCCGGCAAGCAAGUAGGGUGGCUUCUUUGCAAGUAAGAGACCUAAGAUAUCAUAGAUCCGACUUUCCUAUGAGCAAUUUGCAGCAUUUUUGGCUACUGUCAAAGAUUUCAAUGCUCAAAGACAAUCGCGCGAGGAAACUUUGGCCAAGACGGAAGCAAUCUUUGGUGCAGAAAACAAUGAUCUCUAUCUCUCCUUUAAGAGCAUGAUAAAUCGAAACCGACAAUAAAGUUUAGUUGGGUGUAUGGCGUCAAAUUCUGGUAUUGUGUUUCUUUUUGUUUUUUUUUAUAUCUAUUGUAAAAAAGGCAUUUCAUUCUGCUUUACUAUGACUCUAUCUUACUGAUUGAAUUUCCAACCGUGAAAGUCAGCGUCUAGUUGAAAUCUGUCUGUUAUAUAUCUUAAUCAUUUUUUUGCAGGUGACAUGCGAAUAAAAUUCCCGUGAUAGAUUUUGUACUGUUAUAUUCUAUUGACCACGACACUUUGGAUCUUUGAUGAUGAAUUACGCAGUGCUUUUGCACCUUUGUACGAGGUGAUAUUUUUGACAGGACCGCGUUGGUGUUCAUGAAAGAAACUUUCAACGCCCCUCUGCAGGCUGCAGCGGCCAAUUGGAUUUGCCAUUUAACCACACUUUAUUUAUUUAUUUAUUAUUAUUAUUAUUGAUAUUUUUUGUGUUUUGUACUAAACAGUCUGCAUUUUUGGUAAUCCUUUAACAUUUAAUGUGAAUAACAUCACCACCAACACUUUGGAUGUCUGAUGAUAUUACACAGUGCUUGUGCUCGUCGUCGGCGGUACGAGGUAAUAUUUUCGACAGGACCGCGCGCGUUGUUGGUAAUGAAAGCAACUUUCAAUUUCAACGACCUUGCACAGCAGCCAUAUGUAUUUGCCAUUUAACCACACUUCAGUUCUUGGUGUCGUGUACUGAAUAGUAUGCAUUGUUGGUAAUCCUCUAGCAUUAAAU